ACGAGCAGCGUUACCAGCCUCUGGAUACCACGAGCUAGCUGAAGCAGAUUUGUCGUCUUUUGGAUGCUAUGCGGCAGAGUCUCACAGCUAUACUGAGUUUUGAUUAGUGCGUGAUUCUUUUUUAUUAAUAACUUCAAAAUAUUGCGUUGCGAAAAUGGCAGAUGUGGCAAAGCCAGCUAAAACACAUGGAGUUGGAGUCUUCUUAGAGCUGAGAAAAAGACUGGAGACUGGACUGCUUAUUGUCGGGAAAGACGUGGCCAGCAGUCCAGCGGAUGUGGUCGUGUCCGCUGGGGAGUCCUCGCUCCACGUCAAGACUCCCAGAGGGGAGCUGGUCCUGACUCUGCCGGCGGGAGUCAACUACGAGCAGGGCUCCUGCGUCCCGACGCCCGCGGGAGAGUUCAGUGACGAGGAGCUGCAUUUCCGACUGCGCAUCGGCGUCUCGCGACACCCGGACGAAGAGGCUCCUGCCGUGGAGACGCUCCGGGCCAAAGAGACGUAUUGCUUCCACUGCCAGGGCUGCAUGACCAGGCUGCUGGAGGACAGAGAGUUUAAGCGAGUCCUUCCUCUUCCCAACGGCAACUGGAACGCCAUCGUGGACGACUGGUGUUGCCACCCCGAUCCCUUCGUCAAGAAGCUCCUCCCCGGAGCCGAGGACUGCCUGGUGGGUGACACCUUCCUCCUGCUGGCCAGAGAUGCCAGCUGUGCAGAGACUCUCACGCAGGAGGAGAGCCCGGAUGAGUCGGAGGAGAGUCCCGAUUCAAAGAAAACCUGCCGCCGACUGACACUCAUUUCCUGUAAGAGCUGUUCGUUGGUGCUGGGCGAGGCUGUUGCUCCAGAGACUCUGAAACUGUACAUCACGCAGGUGGUGGUGGAGCCUGCUGUGGGAGACCGAGAGCUCGAAGCUUCACUCAACAGGUCUCUCUUCGUGGAGCAGACGGUAGCCGCCCGGCUGUUGGGCCUGUCCAGCUCCCUGAGCACCUUCCACUUCUCCGUCCAGACCCCUGAUGGGAAAGCCUUCUUAUUGGUCUGGCUGCUGAACAGCGACUCCGUGAUGGCGUCGGUCCCGGAGUCGUGCGUCGGGGACGAAGAGCCCCUCCGAGCUGCCAGAGCCCUGAAAGUCCUCUACGCCUCCUCCUCCGACACGGGCCCCCAGCAGACAGACAUUGUGGCGAGCUGGGAGGCCAAUGCCGUGGGACAUCCCUUGGUGCUGCCGCUGAACGUGUGCGAGGAGCUGCUGCAGGUGAUCGAUGACAGCCACGCGACACUUCCUGCCUCUAUGCGCUGCAUGAGGUCCUACGAGGUGGCGUACCUGAGACUGUGAGGUCACAGGGCCGACGCCCGGAGGUCAAGCCUCCACUCGGCCCUCUCGAAGAAUUCGCGAAGACCUGGGACGGCUAACGAGGGGACCCUUGCGAACACGUCCCGUCUUCCCGUACGAGUCGAGACGACGUCCCGCACAGUGCGGGGUCAUAAAAACUCGGCGAGCGUUUCUUUAAUCGAGCGGAGGUUUCUGGUUUGCCGCCGUCAACAUGUUCAUCAGCCGAGAGCAGAUUCCUGUUGCAACAGGUCGCUGCGAGAUGUUAAAGCACAUCCAGGAAAUGUGGAACUGGAAGCCGUCAACGAUGUUAUUCAUGGACCAGAGCGCCGCUUCUGGUUUUUAGUCGUUUCUCAUCGUUUAUCCUCGUGUUUGAUUGUGCCAGCAUGCGUCACGGUGGUUGAAGAGCAUCCGUACGCCCUAUGUUCGUCCCGUCCUUUAUUUUGUAUUGUUCUUACAGUUCUCGAUUAAACUGUUGUGUUUUUGAAAGAAUCA